UCUAAGCACCCUCCGCAGGAUGCUGUGGAAAUUAACUCUUGCAAUACUUGCCCUCUCCCUGCAGCGUGAAUCGCAACGUUCGAUCAGUUGAAGAGUCUUGGACCGUGGAGUAGCAAGAACUCAGCAUCAUUCAAGCACGCACGGUAAGGUUGGGGACGGGUAAUUCAACGCCGAAGGUUGAGAAUCGGGGGAGAUCGCAGCAGUGGGUGGAUUGUUGUUGUUUGAGCACUCUUCGGAUCUGGGAUUCCAUUUCUUUCUUCUUUUGAGACUCUGCUCUAUCAAUUCCUUUUACUGGCUUUGUAUUAGAAUCAAUCCUCUCGAGAUGAAAAGGAAAGAACCCACUCCUUCAGAAGAUCCAAUCUACGAGGCGUCUUCCUCAUUCACCUCUCCACAUGUAGAUGAGUACGAAGGCGGAACCGAAACGCCGAAAGAAAAUGAGUGCCAAGUGUUCUUGAGUUUUAGAGGAAAAGAUACUGGCAAAGGCUUCACUGAUUAUCUCUAUACUAGCCUUGUUGAUGCAGGAGUUCGUGUGUUCAGAGACGACAAUGAGCUUCGUGUUGGUACAGAGAUUGGUUCGGAGCUUCUCUGCACCAUUAUGCAGUCUAAGAUCUCGAUCCCUAUUAUCUCCAAGAACUAUGCUUUCAGUAAAUGGUGCCUUCGUGAGCUGGCUCAAGUGUUGAAGUGCAAGAGAAGCAAGGGGCAAAUAGUGUUGCCCAUAUUUUACAAAGUGGAACCUUCGCAGUUGCGACAUCUUACAGGGAGAUGGCGAGAUGCUAUCAAUGCACAUAAUGAGAAUUCGGAUGAAAUGGUUGUGAAGGAAUGGGAAGAAGCGCUCAAAGAAGUCGGUUCCAUGCUAGGAUGGGAACCGGAGAAAAUUGACAAUGGGCAUGAAGGAGCAUUGGUUAAAAUUGUUGUCAGAAAAGUUAUGAGUGAGUUAAAAGGACUUUUUCUCUUAAAUGUUCCUGCACAGUUGGUGGGAAUUGAUGAUCAUGUGGAACGGAUUAUGGGCAACAUAGAUGGUGAAUUCACUAAUACUACUGUUAUUGGAAUUUAUGGAAUGGGCGGUAUCGGUAAAACAACUCUUGCAAAGGUAUUAUACAACAAACUCUCUGGUCAUUUUGAGUACCGUAGCUUCGUUGCAGAUAUUCGAGAAACAUCUCGGAGAAAGGGUAUUGAAUGCAUACAAAAGCAGCUUAUUUCUGAUAUUCUUAGAAGUCAAGAUGAAGUGUCUAAUGUCGACGAAGGAAUUGGUGUCAUUGAAUCUCAAUUUACAAGUAAGAAAAUCCUCGUUCUCCUUGAUGAUGUGGAUGAUAAUACUCACUUGAAUGCUUUGAUUGGAGACGGUAGAUGGUUCAAAGCAAGAAGUAUAAUCAUCAUCACAACUAGUGACAAGAGAAUUCUUGAUGAGGCUAGGACAAUCCAUAUGUAUCAACUCAACGAGUUGCCCUUGGAUCAAUCGUUGAUGUUAUUUAGUAGACAUGCAUUUGGAGAGGAUUCUCCUCCAAGUGAUUAUGAGUUAAUCUCUCGUGAUAUUGUAUCUACUACUGGGGGGCUUCCUUUAGCUCUUGUAGUUAUUGGUUCACUCGUGUGUGGAAAGACAAAAGAAGUAUGGAAAGAAACCUUAGAUAAAUUAAAGAAUGUGCCCCAUAGAAAAGUGCAAGAGAAGUUGCGGAUAAGUUAUGAUGCAUUAGAUUAUGACGAGCAACAAAUAUUUUUGGAUAUUGCAUGUUUUUUUAUUGGAUCAUCUAAAAAAACUCCAACUUAUAUGUGGGAUUCUUGUGGCUUCUUCCCAAGGAAGGGGAUUGAUAUAUUGAGCCAAAUGUCUCUAAUUAAAGUUGACAAAGAUGGCAAUCUAAUGAUGCAUGAUCAAUUAAGAGAUCUUGGAAGGGAAAUUGUCCGUUUAGAAAAUCAAAAGAAGCCUCAAAAGCGAAGCAGAUUAUGGAUUCAAGAAGCCGUAGAUGUGCUUGACAGCAACAAGGGCACUAAUAAGAUUGAGGCCCUUCGUCUGGACAAAUAUGGCUUGGGAAGAAGGUACACAGGUGAACAAUUCAAAAAAAUGACCAACCUGAGGUUCCUUCAAGUGAGGGGGGCAAAUUUUACUGGAGAUUUUCAGAACUUGCUUCCUCAGUUAAGAUGGCUUCAGUGGGAGUAUUGUCCCUCUGGUUUUGCAAUGGACAACUUUCUUCCGAAAAACUUAGUCGUGCUUGAACUAUCAUGGAGUGAGAUUUCAGAGGACUGGGGAGGAUGGGGUCUACUCAAGAUGGCAACCUCGCUCAAAGUUCUCAAUCUCUCACAUUGUCUAUCUUUAAGAAGAACUCCUGACUUAUCUGCUUUCAAAAGCUUGGAGAUUUUGAUUCUUGCAUAUUGUUGGAAUUUGGAAAAGAUUCAUCCUUCCAUCGGGGACAUCAAUACCCUAGUCUCCUUGAAUGUCACAAGAUGUAGCAGACUAGAGGAGUUGCCGGCGGGAAUAGGUAGAAUGGAAGAAUUGAGGGAACUUAUCAUAGAUGAAAUUGCUAUACAAGAGAUUCCUAUUUCGAGAGGUUGUUUGAUGAAGUUGGAAACUCUACGAGCCUCAUAUUGUGAACUUGCUCAACUUCCAGAAACCAUGGGAUCCCUUGUGUCGUUAACUCAGUUGGAUCUAUCUCAUUCACGGAUUGGAGAAUUACCUGAAUCUAUGGAAUUCCUUGUGUCGUUAACUCUACUAGACCUAUCUUAUUUGGGGAUUGAAGAAUUACCUGAAUCCAUGGGCUCCCUUAAGUCGUUGUGUCAGCUGAACCUAUCUCAUUCUGGAUUAAAGAAUUACCCGAAUCCAUGGGCUCACUUGUGUCGUUAACUCAACUAGACCUAUCUCAUUCGCGAAUUGAAGAGUUACCUAAAUCCAUGGGCUCUCUUGUGUCGUUAACUUUGUUGGAUCUAUCUUAUUCACAGAUGGAAGAAUUACCUAAAUCCAUGGGCUUGCUUAGGUCGUUAACUCAAUUGGAUUUAUCUUAUUCGGGGAUUGAAGAAUUACCGAAUCCAUGGGCUCACUUGUGUCGUUAACGCAAUUGGGCCUGUCUCAUUUGGGGAUUGAAGAAUUACCUGAAUCUAUUGGUUUUCUAAAGGAGCUUAAGACUCUUGAUGCCUCCAAUUGUGAAUCAUUAGCCCGCAUAUCCAGCUCCAUAGGCAAUCUAGCAUCUUUGCGGUGCUUGUUAUUACGUGAAUGUUGCUCAUUGGGAGAGAUUCCCGACUCAAUAGGUAAGUUGGCAUCAUUGAUUAAGCUGGAUUUAAAAUCUACAUUGAUUGUGGAAUUACCUGAAAGCAUUGGUUCUUUGAAGGAGCUCAAGAUUCUUGAUGCCUCUUAUUGCACAUUGUUAGAUCGCAUACCCAGCUCCAUAGGCCAUCUAGCAUCUUUGUCUCUCCUUGACCUAAGGUUUUGUCGAAAUCUUGUUGAACUUCCAAACUCCAUAGGCUCUUUGGUGUCUCUAGUUGCUAUU